AUGAGUAGCGGAGAUGAGCAGAAUGACAUAUUAAAAGGUGGACACGCACCAGCUGAAAAAAUAGCUGGUGGUGUGCGUAUAGCUCGAAAAACUCGAGUUAUAUCAGAACUAGAGAGGAAAGCAGACGAAGAGCACAAGGAUCAAGAAAGUAACAAUGAUGAUGCGGUCGAGCAAUCACGGAAUGUAUUGGCUCGUAGUGGCUUAGCAGCAAAGACUAAUAAAGAUUACCCGGAAGAAGCGGUUCGUAUUUACCAUGAUAAGCCUACACAACCACAACAUCAGAAGCCAACAAAAAGUGUUAACACAUUCUUGUUCCAGCCCAGUAAACAAUAA